AUGCGAACAUUGGAAUGGGAUAGUUUAGGAGUGAAAAUCGAUGAUCGGCAGUUACACUAUCUUCGCUUUGAUGACGACAUCGUCCUUAUAACACCAAACAUUAGCCAAGCGGAACGUAUGCUUGACGACUUUGAUAAAGCCUGUGGAAAGAUUGGUCUCCGACUAAAUUUCGCAAAAACGAUUUUCAUGAAGAACGGAUUGGUUUCGCAUGCGCCAUUCACGCUCAACGGAACGAAUAUCUCCGAAUUCUCCAGUUAUAUCUAUCUAGGUCGGGAAACCAAUGUGAUGAACAACUUAGCUCCAGAGCUGAGCAGAAGGAAACGAGCGGCAUGGAGUGCUUUCAAGAGCAUCGAAGGUGUAGUGUGGAGAACAAAGAACAUCGGACUCUAUACCUUUUCGACACCUUUUUGA